UUGGAAUGAAUCAGAAAUGGAUUAGUGCGUAGAUUUACCUAUGUCGAUGGAUCGUCGACAAAGGCAGAAACCGAACAACAACGACGAUUGAAAAAAUAGAAAACUGUAGAGAUUGGACUCUGAUAAAUAACAAAAUUUUCUAAUUAUAGCCUAAAUAUAUGCAUAAUACAUAAAUCAAGCCUAAAUAUCUCAACAUUAAUUAUCAAAAUUGAUAUUAUGAAAGUAUAUAAAGAUUGUAAACAACAAAUUAAAAUAAUAUUAAAGCAAUUUUUUUUUUUUUAAUGAAAGAUUCGUACCAAUGAUUUUUUUAUGGAUUGUAAUAUCUCUUUGAAGUAAUUGAAGCAUAAUUUAGAUUCCAAAGCACUAUGGGAUAAGGGAGUGGGACCAAGGUUCAGUUAGUGCAGUAAAUAGAAAAAUGAAUGUAGCUUUAUCUUGUAGUUUGAAAGUUGUAUCAUAAAUAAUGUUCUUUAUUUAAGGGAAGUUUGGGAGGAGAAAUUAAAAACAAAAAGGGGGAAAAAAUGAGAGAAAAAUGGAGAAUUUAUACAAAGGAGGUGAAGAAGGUGAGCUUGUUAGGAGCUCCCAUAAUCACAUCCCUUGUUCUUCAGUACCUUUUGCAGGUCGUCACCGUCAUUGUCGUCGGCCAUCUCGGCGACGAGCUUUUGCUUUCUGGAGUCUCCAUUGCCGUUUCCUUUGUUCGGGUUACUGGCUUUAGCCUCCUUCUAGGAAUGGCUGGAGCUUUAGAAACUCUAUGUGGACAAGCAUAUGGGGCAGAGCAAUAUCAUAAGCUUGGAAUUUAUACUUAUAGUUGCAUGAUUUCACUUCUUUUGGUCUGUUUUCCAAUCUCUAUUUUGUGGUUCUUCACUGACAAAUUACUCAUUUUGAUUGGCCAAGACCCUUCAAUUUCUUCUGUGGCAAGAAAUUACUCAGUUUUUCUCAUUCCAAAUCUCUUUGCUUAUGCAAUUCUUCAAUCUCUUGUGCGCUAUCUCCUCACUCAAAGCUUGAUCCUUCCUUUGCUCUUUUGCUCUUUUCUCACACUCUCUUUGCAUAUUCCCAUUUGUUGGCUUCUUGUCCUUCAUUUCAAGUUCAAGGUUAUGGGAGCUGCUUUGGCUCUUGGUAUAUCUUAUUGGCUCAAUGCUGUUUUGCUUGCCCUCUAUAUCUUCUUCUCUCCUUCUUGUAACAAGACUCGGGCUCCGUUCUCGACUGAAGCCAUCUCGAGCAUCCCCAAGUUCUUUCGGCUUGCCAUCCCUUCUGCUUUGAUGGUUUGCCUUGAGUGGUGGUCUUAUGAGGUUAUUCUUUUGCUUUCUGGGCUUUUGCCAAAUCCUAAAGUGGAGGCCUCUGUGCUUUCUAUAUGUUUCUCAAUCACUUAUUUGCAUUAUUUCAUACCAUAUGGAUUGGGGGCCACAGUAAGCACAAGGGUUUCAAAUGAACUAGGAGCUGGAAAUCCAGAGAGAGCUAAAGUAGCAGUAAAGGUAGUGGGAGUUGUUGGAAUGAUAGAAUCAAUGAUUGUGAGUGUAACUCUGUUUGGGUGUCAUAAAAUCUUGGGAUAUGCAUUCACAAAUGACACCCAAAUUGCCAACCAAAUUGCUUCCAUGUGGCCUUUGAUUUGCCUUUCCAUUCUCAUUGAUACUUUCCUUGGUGUCCUUUCUGGUGUUGCAAGAGGAAGUGGAUGGCAGAAUAUAGGGGCAUAUGUCAAUUUGGGAUCAUAUUACAUAGUUGGGAUUCCAAUGGCAGUUGUUUUGGCUUUUGUUGUGCAUUUAAGAGUCAAAGGGCUUUGGAUUGGUUUGGUUUCAGGAGCAACACUUCAAACCUUUCUUUUUGCUCUCAUUACCACUUUCACUAAUUGGCAUAAACAGGCCUUAAAAGCGAGAGAAAGGGUACUUGAAGGAAAUAACUAAAAUUUCUCCCCCAAGAUAUGAUAGUUUGAUUCAAUUGUAAAUUCAUCAAUUAUGUGGUUUGAGUAAUUAUCAUCCAUAUUUAAUUUAUUUAGAAUCAAAUUAAACAAAAUUUAAGAUUGAAUCUCGUUCUCCACGAAAUCUUCUUCACUAUGAUUUGAAAACACGGAAGAAAAAAUCACAAGAAAUUAGAAAAGGAGAGGUCUUAGAGAGAAUUCUCCAAUUUUCUAAAGUGGAAUUGUAUUGAAUAUGUUCAUGGUUCAAUUUGAA